AUGAUUGUGCGCAAAGAGAGCAUCCCAUGAGCCUGGCUCCCAUGGCAUCCAAAGACAAAAAUGCAGCGCCUUCGCUGGACUCCCCCUGGGACGCCAUCCUCCAGGCUGCCAAAGACCAGCUGCCAUCCUUGGACUCCGAAUCCUCCUUGUCGGACUUUGAGGAAGAGGAGCCAUUCAUCUUCCAACGAAACCAACCUGUCCUGAUUCCAGACCUGGCAGAGGAGCUGGCUGAAGACCCUGGUGGUAGUGACAAAUCUGAGACCUGGGUCCUUGGAGCCAAAAGGCCUCCGCCUGAGCCAGUUGUAGAGCCUAUGGGACUCACUGCAGAACCUGGGAGUGAACAGAACGCAAGGACAAAGGAGUGGGCCUCUUGGGAAGGAAGGCGACCUGGCCAGACGCUCGAGAACUGUGCUGACACCCACACUCUUCCUUGGACAGCUGAAGAGACCCCUGUCUGGUGGGAAGGUGACCUUGGGAACCUGUCCUUCAACGCCAAAGGAUUCCAGAAUCCUCCCCCAGAUCUGCAGGGAGAAGCUGCUCUUGUCCCUGAAGGAAGGCCAAAGACAGAGUCCCUGGGCGCUGCCAGGCAAGAAUGUGCAAAUCGCAAAGCCCUCCGCCAAGAGAGGAGGAGGAGGAUAGAAAAAGAUGUGCUCCAGAAAGUAACCUGGGGUCCCCAGGGUCCAGCCUGCGGUGACCAAGGCCAAGCUGCGGAGUUAGGUCCCAAGUUAGUGGCCCAAUUGAAGGAGCCCUGGGAAGGCCAGCCGAUACUCUCGCUCGAGCAACUAGAAGAGUGGGAUUUGGAUUACAUCCUUCAGAGUCUGCCAGCGAGAGAAGACAACCAGGGAAAUUGUGCACCCAGAAGCGCGUGGUGGGCAGCUGACCGCUACCAAGGCCAAGACCGCACUGUGCCACAAUCCCAGGACAGGCUUCUGGAGCAGCUGGUCCUCCUGUGUGCCACACAGCAUGGAGCCCCCACCUCUGCCCAGAAGGUGCCUGCCCACAUGCCCAAAGACACCAAAAAACAGGAGGCUGGAAGCAGAUGUACUUCUAUGAAGCUGGGCUUUCAGGCUGUGCCAGGCCAGAAGCUUGCUGGGGGCAUGAGGCCAAGGACAGAGCCUCCUACCAUAUUCAUUGACCUGCGACAGACAGAGCCACUGGAACCACAAGACCAGUCUCCAGAAAGCCUCAGCCACAGCUCCUCUGACAGUGGGGAGGAGGAGGCGGAGGAGGAGGAGAAAGAGAACACAGAAGCUCUAGGAGACCAGCAAGGCCCUGCACGGCAGGCAUCUCUUUUCUCCUCGGGCCUACGGGAUUGCACUGGGAAGAGUCAACUUCUCCAGCAACUGAGGGCAUUUCGGAAGGGCACAGCUCUAUCCCAGCUGCCUACAAGCAAGGGUAGCUGUGGCCAGAGAGCUCAGGUCACUGAAAAUGCGACUAGAUCCAGGAGUGAGAGGAAGGAACAUACAAAACCCUGGGCAGAGGGGCAGAGUGCCCAGACCGGACUCCCAAGAGGGCACCCUGGGGCUAGCAUCAGUCAAGGAGACCCUGGUGCCUCCUCUGGGCCAGCUAUAGGCUCCUCAGAUAUAGGUACACACAAUUUCUGGGGGCCUGCCAGUCUGAAGGCUAGAUGCUCUAACACUGAAAACCGUCUCAAUACUAGAUGAAGGCACCCACCCUCACCAGGAGCAGUGAAAGCUGAGAACCGGCCUGGACAGGAGAUGCCUGUUCUCUCUCCACCGUUACUCUGCAAGCUUCACCCCCCCUCACCCCCGCCCCCCCCCCCCACACACAGAGUUUAACAGUACUUUUGUGACUGCCUUCUGAGUCCUGCUAAGCAGAACCUUUGAUCUCUUGCUAACUUGUCUCCAGAAUGCUGGCCCAGUCUGCCCCAUGGAACAGCAGAAAAAUCACUUUCAUCUGAUGCCUUCAUGCCACAGGCACAGGAAGCAAUGCAGGGUUUGGCUACCACGGUGCUGAGGGGCCCAGGAUCCCUUUGUAACAAGUCCUGACCAGGCAGAAGACACUGGCCAGCCUGAGCCAGCGGCAGCAUCACACAAAUACCAUCCACAGGGCCCCAUACUCCUAUACUUCAGACCCCUCACUUCCAGCCAAAAGGGGCAUCGCUACUGCCUUCCACAAAGGCCACACAUGGCUCCUCUGGCCCUACAAAAGCUGCUCCUGCAGGCCUAGCCAGGCCACCUCUCCUUGUCCUCCACCUUACUGCAGCUGUCAAAAGCAAAGAUGAUGAUUCCCCCGCCCCAUCUUCAUUUUCAUUUUCUCCUGUCUUCAGGCCUUUUCCCAGCAAGAAGUUCAUUUAGAAUGUUUCACAGUCAUAAACAAACUUUGUUCCAAGUUCAGCUCUGCCUGUAAACUACUGUCUGUCAAGGCAAGUUGGAGGGAAGAGGUGAUGAGAGUUCAGACCUGGGUUCAAAGCCAGCUGGGCAGUGUUUAUUGCUGUCCUUGCCAGGGCUCCCCACUCAGAACAGGAGUCAUGGAAACUGUCUCACAGCACAGGCACCCAGAGUCUGAACCCUUUCAUCCAGAUCAUCAGAGGUGAUGGUCGUCAGAGCAGCAGCAGCAGCAGCCAUGCCCAAAACAGCCCCUGCAGUAGGCGGACAGGAGGGCUCUGUAGGAGAUGCCCACUGAGGUGAGGACAGCUCUGUGGCCAGCAUCCUGCAGAAUCCCAGAGACAGGAUCGACACAAGCCCAGGCCUUGGUGAGACAGGAGAGAAGGGCUUGAUGCUUUCUAAACACCUUGCAGCCAGCCUAGCUGCAUCGGGCCUUUCAGUUAAACUAUGUCCCCACCCCAGCUCCCCUUUUCAUUGAGUCGGCCCUUCAGAAUGCCAAGAAGGGUGUUGCUUAGUGAGCCUCAAUGCCACGUUUGUAGAAUGGGGGUAGGGAUGGAAUUCAAGCAGGGGCCUGCUGUUAAACUGGGAGGGAGAAGAUGAUAAAAAAGAAGAAUGCUAUGCACAUGCACCAGCUCCUCCAGAGGAAUGUGAUUAUUAUGUACUGCAGACACAUACUAAUACAUUUUAAAAUUUAAAUGAUAAACUUUAAUAUUCUGUAAAAAAGAAUCAAGUUUAAUAAUUUCUCAAAAAGAGAUUUAUGACCCAGCAACGCCACUCAUAGGUGAGCAGCUGGCUCCUAAAAGAGGCCCAGUGCCAGCUACUCACACUCUAAAACUCAUGUAUAACUUUCUUUCCCCCUUGUUACUGGGGAUUGAACCAAGGGCCUCAUGCUUGCUAGGCAAGUGCUCUACCCUCAGCUAUACCUCAGCCCUUUUUAUUCUUACGGUACUGGGGACAGAACUCAGGACCUUCACGUUGAGCUGAAUCCCCAGUCCUUUUUAUUUUGAGAUAGGAUCUUGCUAAAUUGGCCAGGUGUGGUCUGGGGAUGUAGCUCAGUGGAUGAGUGCUUGCCUAGCACACACAAGGCCCUGAGUUCAAUCUCCAAUACCACCUAAGCACAAACAAAAAAGAAACGUCUGGGCUGGGGAUUUAGCUCAAGGGUGUAAGCCCUUGCCUGGCAAGUAUGAGGCUGUGAGUUCGAUCCCUGGUACCAAAUAAGUAAAUAAAUUGGACAGGCAUGGUGGUGCAUCGUGGUACAUGCCUGUAACCCCAGCAGUUAGGAGGCUGAGGCAGGAGGAUCACUGUGAGCCCGAAGUCAGCAUGGGCUAUGUAGGCAAGUUCAAGCCCAGCUUGCACUACAUGGUGAUACUGUGUCUCAACCCCCACCCCAAUAGCUAAAUUACCCAGGCUACAGUAGAAUUUCAAUCUGUUUAGCUUCCCCACAGUGCUGGGAAUAUAGGUGUGCGCUCCACACCAGCUUAUUUUUAUUUUUUAUCUACAUUCUCAGUCUCACCAAAUUGCUAAAUUGCCCAGGUUAGAUUAAACUCGCAGCCAGGUGUGGUGGUGCACAUCACAAUCCCAGCAUUCAGGAGGCUGAAGCAGAACGUCAUGGUUUAUGUCAGUGGCCCCCAAACCUCAUGCAAUUAUGCAUUUGUGAUUGGUUCAUUGUCUAGCGCUUGGAUUGGUGGUGUGCGUACUAUACCCGCCUAGGGGUGGAGUUGGGAUAUGAUGUAAUGGUGGGAAGAAGCUGUGUCUUGCUGUCCUGUGGGUUUUCACCUUGCAGCUUGCAGCUGCCAUGAACUGUGGCCCAACCAUGCCACCCUGUCUUGGAACCAACUGAACUGUAAAAAAUAAACUUUUCUUCCUUCA